GUGGACAAAGUGAGGUUAUGUUAGUUGUCAAAUUUUGUUGACAAACAUUGAAAAGUAAAUAUAUAAGAAACCUGUGGAAAAUAGUUACCGGAUAUUUUUAGAAUGCUGAAAAAUAUGUAAAUAAGAGCAGAUUAAUAGACCUAAAAAUGCCCGGCCCCAAUAGAAGGAUACCAAGAACAAUACGAAAUCCUAUGCCGACAAUGAUAUCAAACUACACAAACGAUAUGCAAAGUAACAGAUACUCCACUGUUGGAGGAGGUCUCCCAACAUUGCCUCCAAUGGAGCAACCACCUGCCCCAAAACAUAUACCAUUUCCAAACAUACCCGUUGAAAACGAAUUAAUUUUUGAAUCUGUGAUGUGUUUCUUUACAAUUGUAUGCACGUUUUUACAAUACUUGCACCUUUACCGAUCAGUAUGGUGGUUACCACAUUCAUAUACCAACAAUGCCGUUAAUUUUUAUCUAAUUGAUUUAUACCUGAUCGUUUUUAUAAUACUAGUGUUAUCACGAAGAUUGCUUUAUGUUCUUGGAUGUCAAUUUUUAAUCAACAAACUACCACCGAAGUAUCAAGAUGUUGCCUACUUUUGGUUCCGAUUGGUAUUAUUUUGCCAAAUAUGUUUGUUUUUGUCUGUUUGUGCAUAUUUUGUUAUGAAAAGUCAUCCUAUAGUCAACAUAUUGUAUCUGUGCUACCCUGUUCUGGUUUAUAUUAUACUGUUUGGCCCCCAUAUAACCCCAUUUUUCGAGCUGACAAACUGGAGUUCGACAUGUUUUCCCCCAUUACACGCAUGCUGUUCGAAUGCGGUGGAAAUUCGGAAAGAAGUCAAUAGUUUAAAGCUUAACUUUAACAAUAGAGUGAAGCAAAUUUUAUUUAGUUCAAUUAUAAAUGCCUACUAUGCUGGCUUCAUACCAUGUUGUUUUGCUCAGAGCGCCAUUCACUACGAUAUUCUAUGGGCCACACAACACGUGGUGUUCAUAUUCGCCAGUUGUUUCGUCGCUUUUGCCAUACAAAUCCUCUCUCUACGCUACUGUGAUAUUUUGCACCGUUCCGCCCUUCACCUGGGCAACUGGGAUCGGCUGGAAACCAGGCACAUGCUUUUGGUGAACAACAGCUGGAAAGAGGACAUGUUGUGGCCUUACGGUACCCUGGUAAGGUACGGGAGAGACAUCUACCGGGCGAUAGGCGAAUGCAAUGCCGGGGAACCGGGCAACACCAGUCUUUCCAGAUUUUACGUCAUAUUUAUCAAUCCUUCUUAUUCAUUGAGCAUUCUGCUGGCAAUCCAAACCUUUAUCGUUCUAUUGCAACUUUUGCUGCUUGUUAGAAGCAUCGUCUGGUACAACGUGUUUUCUCUGUCUUUGUUGCUAUUUUUCAACUAUUACGUUCUCUACAAACUCGCCAGAGACUAUUUGAUUAGCUUCAGGGUCUAUAAGGAGGAAAGAGAGAUGCACACCAAACCCAUAAGAUAAUUUUGUCAAAAAGAACUGAUUUAUGUUUUUGUGUAUUUUAUGUAUGUGUACCUAUGUAUUAUUUAAAUUAAAUUUAU